GCGGCCCUAACUGGGCAGUGCCAGUCGCCGCUCGCGUCCUCUAGCUUCAGCGCGGCUACGUGGGGGUCCCAGGGCCUCCGCGGUCCGUGUGAACCGAGGAGGAGCUGAAUCGGCUCCCGAACCGCAUGGAUCGCCGCACUCUUCCCGCAGGGUUGUGCCUACUGCGGCUGCUGCUGCUGCUGUGCUGCGCGCUCGGGAGAGCCGUUUCCAGUGUAUCCGUGCAUGCGCUCACCAAUGUGACUGGCAUCUUGGACGAGUCUACCACCUUGGUCUGUAGUCUAACGCCUACGGAGAAUGAGAUUACAGUCACCCAAGUAACCUGGAUGAAAAAGAAUCAAGAUGGCUCCCGCUCUACCGUGGCUGUCUUCCAUCCCAAGAAGGGGCCCAGCAUCACGGACCCAGAGAGGGUGAAGUUCUUGGCUUCCACGCUGGACAGAGAUUCAUGGAACGCAUCUCUGGCCAUGUCCCACUUACGUGCUGAAGAUGAAGGUGUCUAUGAAUGUCAGUUUGCCACGUUCCCCUCAGGCAGCAAGAGUGCCAGCAUCAGCCUGCAGGUGCUUGCCCGACCGACAACCACUGCAGAGGCCCUGAAGCCCGCUCCCACCCUGAAGCUGCAGGAAGUAGCUAAAUGCAGCUCCACUGGUGGCCGCCCUGCGCCGCGGAUCCACUGGCUCUCAAACCUGAAUGGAAGCAUCCAUGAAACUCAGGAGCCGGGGCCCCAGAAGGGCACCUACACAGUCACCAGCGUCUUCUCCUUGGUGCCCUCGAGCCAGGCGGAUGGCAAGAGCAUCACCUGCCGGGUGGAUCACGAAAGCCUCUCGGGGCCGGACCUGCAAACUGUGACUCUUUCCUUGCCCUACCCACCUGAGGUGUCCAUCUCUGGCUAUGACAACAACUGGUAUGUCGGUCGCACUGAUGUGGCCCUGACCUGUGAUGCUCGCAGCAAACCAGAGCCCACCGACUACAAAUGGAGCACGUCCACAGGUCCUCUGCCCAAUACCACCGAGGCCCAGGACAAUCAGCUCCUAAUCGCCACCGUGGACAUGAACACUAUGCAUAAUGUGACCUUCAUUUGCAAUGCCACCAACCCCCUAGGGUCCGGGCAGAAUCAAAUAACCGUCCGAGUUACAGAGGACCCUGUGCGGCAGGAUUCAGGCUCAGGCACAGGCGCCAUCGUCGGCAUCUGCAUCUGCGUCGGCAUCAUCAUCAUCGGCAUCAUCGGCAUAGCUGUCUUCAAAUACCUGAGGCGCAAGUCUGGUCGAUCUCUCCGGUCCAGAACCUCCGGGAAUAAUGAGUAUUCCUCGGUGAGCAACGGCAACUGUACCGCGGACAUAGAGAUGAAUCAUGUUACGAGGUAGCGGUGCGGAACUGAGGAAUGUGACGCCUCAACAGCCGGACCCCACGCAGGUGAAUGAAGGAGCCUCCAGAGAGACUGGCCACCCAGUGUGGGGAGCGUCACAUGUCUGGGGGUCUCCCAGGACCCUAGUAGAUUCCACGUUGUCAGAAAGCGCUCCUGGAGCCCAGUGUGGUGGCCCACGCCUGUCACCCCAGCAAGCGGGAGGGCGAAUGGAAGUUUGAGUCUAACCUGGGCUACAGAGUGAAGCCCUGUGUGCACACAUACCAGCAGACACACAAGUUUUAGAGACUGGGACAAAAGCUGGAGUCUUUCCGUAGGUAAGAUAAAUCCUCUACCUCAUGUUGGACCGUAUAGAAUGUUCUAGGAGAUGAAAGACUUCAGCCACUGAGAUUCAACUUCAGAAUCUCUUUUCAUCAGGGUUCUCCCCUCUCUUGACAAGGUCUCACUGUGUAGCCAAGGCUAGGCUCAAAGUCAUAGAGAUCGAUCUGUCUCUACCUCCCAUGUG